AGCUUCAACAUCUUCGGGUCGGUCGCUACCUUGUUCGCAACUAUGGCGCUGGUCGUCUGCUAUUGUUCUCGCGUUACUGCUUAAAAUAAACACGAUGAUGGAGGACGAACUUAAGUGUCCUUUGUGCAAACAUUUUUUCAGUAAUCCUGUCCUUUUACCAUGUUAUCAUUCCCUUUGUCUGAACUGUGCUCUUCAUGUGCAACAACCCGCUCAGCAAGUUAACCAACCAGCCCAAGAAGAUGCCAAUCAUCUGAACGAUAUUCCUGGCGAUUGUCCGGAUGUUGAUAAGUUGAGUCUGGUCAGUGAAACGGACAGUGGUGUUGUUUGUAACAGCAGACCAAAUAGUUAUGUGGGCACACCAAGUCAAGGAAUACUUUUUCCGCCUUUACAUAGCAGUGCUCUCUCUCUUGCCUGUCCUAUGUGUCAUAAAACUGUGUAUUUCGAUGAAAAUGGAGUACACAAUCUUCCCAAGAACCGUGCCCUCCAGAAUAUCGUGGAUAAAUACGGAGAAAGUCGGAACUUAGCUGUUCAGUGUCAGUUGUGCGAAGAGGAACCACAAGAAGCUGCUGUCAUGUGCCUGCAAUGUGAAGUGUUUUAUUGUAAUGCUUGUCGUGACAACUGCCACCCCGCUCGGGGACCACUAGCCAAACAUACUUUAGUCAGUCCACAUGAAGGAAAGGCCUCCCUCAGGGCCAAAAACAAAAAUAAAGAACCCAAAUGCACUGAUCAUGUUGAGGAAUCUCUCAGCAUGUACUGCAUGCUUUGCAAAGUCCCUGUUUGUGUUUUGUGUUUACAGGAGGGAAGACAUUUGAGUCAUGAUGUUCAAGCAUUGGGAUCCAUGUGUAAAGCUCAAAAGACUGAACUUUCUCAGAAUCUUCAAAUUUUAUCUGAGAAAGCUAAAGGGACUACAGAAUUUAUUCAGAGGCUGAAGUUGAUGUCUGACAAAGCAUCUGAAAAUUGUUUGCAAUUAGAAAACAAUAUAGAAAGAGAAUGUGAAUUGCUUAUUGAAUUAAUCAAUGUCAGAAAGCAGCAGCUUAUUGAAUUUAUUCGAAAAGAAAGAGACUAUAAAAUGAAAUCUUUGAAGGAGCAAGUAACUGUAUGUACCAGUAAACUUCAGCAAACCACAGGAUUGCUUCAGUUUUGUAUUGAAGCAUUGAAAGAAACUGAUCCAACUACAUUUCUUCAAAUUGGUUCAUCAUUAAUUCAUAGAGUUUCUAAUAUGGAUUUGACUUGGGCUCAGGAAAUUCCUAGUUCUCCCUGGGCCUCUGAUGAAUUUGAUCUAUCUCUAGAUCACCAGUCUGUUAUUCACUCAAUUGAAAGUAUGACAUUUCUUCAGAUGAAGCCUCCAGGUGCACCUAUAAUAAUUCCUGAAGAGUGUACAUCUGAAAAUAACAGCAUAACCAUUGCAUGGCAGCCCCAUCCUUCGAGCUUUGUUGAAGGUUAUAUAUUAGAAUUGGAUGAUGGAAAUAAUGGAGCUUUUAGGGAAGUGUAUUGUGGAAAAGAAACAAUUUGUACUGUAGAUGGUUUGCACUUCAAUUGCUUUUAUAAUGCUCGUGUUAAAGCAUAUAACAGCACAGGUGAAGGCCCAUAUAGUGAACCUAUUUCAUUACAGACAGCUGAAGUUGCUUGGUUUACAUUUGAUCCAAUUACAGCACAUCCAGAAAUAGUUUUAAGCAAUGAAAACCUUACUGUGACAUGUGAUAGUUUUGAACAUCGUGUUGUAUUAGGAAGUAUAGGAUUUUCCAGAGGUGUACAUUAUUGGGAAGUAACUAUUGUAAAAUAUGAUAAUAAUGCAGAUCCUGCUUUUGGCAUUGCACGUUUUGAUGUUGUUAAAGAUCUCAUGCUAGGAAAAGAUGACAAAGGUUGGAGUAUGUACAUAGACCACCAGCGAUCUUGGUUUUUACAUGCAGACUCCCAUGAGAAUCGAACCGAAGGUGGUAUUGAAACAGGGUCUGUCAUUGGCAUUUUAUUAGAUCUCGAGCAGCAUCAACUGAGUUUCUUUGUGAAUGAUGAGCGCCAGGGACCAAUAGCCUUCACAGAUCUUCAUGGUGUGUUUUUUCCAGCAUUUAGUGUUAAUCGUAAUGUCCAAAUCACUAUUCAAACUGCAUUAGAGCCCCCACAUGGGGCUGGAUUAGAUAUUGGAUCUUGUAAAGACAGUUUAUCCCAAUUAUCUCUAUCGACUACUUUGUCGCCUACCCAUAAAUUGCAAAUGUAGAGAAAUCAAUAUUCACAAGCUAUUGUCAAGUGUCCUUUUUUAGUCGGUGUUGAAAAUGAAAAUUCACUGUCAUAUUCACAAGUAGGGGAAUGGGAAAUUUGAACUUUCUUUUUAUAUUAUUGUAGAGCUUUAGUAGGGGGAAUUUAAUAAUAGGUGCUCUUAUAUUGUGUGCUUUAUUCCAGUUGAAAGUCGAACAUAUUUUGUAAUUUCUGAAUUGAAAUGUAAUAUUUUAUACCUUCAUUAUGAUUUCACUCAUUCACUUCUUCAUUCUAUAUUUUUUAUCUGUGCAUUCCAGUCAGUGGCAUAUAUUUAGGAAUCAGAUGGUAUUGGAAUAUGUGUAAAAAUAGAAUUCCAAUACAAUUGUAUGCAAUACAAUUCAUACAAAUUUGAAAAAUAACUAAUCAUCAAUAGUUAUGGAAUUAAAAUUUUCCUUCUUUGUCUGUUUUAUAAUUACUUUGUAUCAAGCAUUGAAUCAAUAUUCCAUAUUACAGGCCUUGAUUACAAACAAUUAUAAAUAUUUAAUGAGCAAUGAUAAGGUAUGCAUGGGAUAAUGGAAGGAAGUUCAAAGUUAUCUUUAUCGAAUUCAUUAUAUGGGACUUCCUUGGUCAUAUGAAUGAUUACUAAUUGAUGAUUGUCAUCUUUGAACGAAACACUGUUGCAAAAAAUGUUUUUCAAAAAAAUCUAAUUAAAAUAGAUUUAAAAGAUAACAUUAUUUCUAAAUAUUUUUGAAAUGUUAAAUUUUAAUUGCAUGAAUUAUAUUUUAUAAAAUUAUCUGUAUAAUUUUUUUGAGGAAUGGCUUCAGCUAAAAGAAAAUUAAGAAAAAGAAAAAACAAAGGAAGGUUAAUCAAGAAAAUGUAAGAGAAUCUAUGUUAGGGGGAAGAAAAAAAAAAAAUGCAGCAUAACUUAGUUGCAAAUGAGCAGCUGAGCUGAAACUUAUUAAGAGGAAUUUUUAUUUUUGCCUUCUGCUGCAUCACAUAAUUAUAAGUGAAUUUUAAUGCUUUUCAGGAUUUUUUUUUUAUGAAUAGCCCCAGUUUGUCUAUCUCUUCUUUAUUGCUUUAUUUUCUGCCUUUAAGUUUUUACUACCCCCUCCCCCCAUUUUUGUUCAUUUUUUUAAAUAUGGAUAAAGAAUUUUUAUAAAAGAAAGAUUAAUUUUGGGAGAUGCUACUCUUCAGCCUUGAUGGACAAAUCACCACUAAUGUAAUUGAUAAUCCGUUUUUUAUUAUACAUUUUCAAAUGAUCUUGGACAAAUUGAAUUCUGUAGCAAAACAUGCAACUUUUUUUGAAAAGCACAUUAAAUCAUGGAUUGUGGAAUCUGUUGCUCUCUGCUGGCUGCAUAUAACAGAACACUUAAUUCUCACAAUAUUUUGCAAUGAUACACUUAUUUGUUCUCUUUUCUUCUUUUGCAUGCAUAUCCUGCUAAUGCCAUCUGUAUAUAUUUUUUGCACCUGCCAUCACUGAUGCAAUCUUCUCUGAAAAUUCAACAUGUAAAGCACUUUUUACGUGGAAUUUGCCAAUUUUUCUUUUGAUGUGUGCAUUUAAUUUAAGAUUUGCUGUAUUUUUUUUUUUUUUUUUUUACUUACUACAAAGUAACUUCUUAAAUCUUAUAAUUGUAUUUAAGUAGUUAAAGCUGUUUGUAAAUGGGAUAAUUGUU